CAUACCUUCCCAUAUUUUAUCUUCACCUCCUCUCCUCUCGCCUCUCGCCUCUCGCCUCUCGCUAGGGUUAGGGUUCCUCUGUCCCGGCUUUCGCGCCUUAUUCAUCCUCUCGAUUGUUUCAUCAAGCUAGAUGCAAGGUGGAGGAAUGGUGCCGCAGUCCGUUGCUCUGCAUCACAUGGAGCCGCAGCACCAGAUGGCUCAGCCGUCUCAAUAUCAAAUGCUGCCGCAGCAGGCACCACCGCUCUGGGGAAUGGUUCCACCACCUGCGCCUCAACAGCAGUAUCCGCCGUCGCAGCAGCUUCCGAUGUGGAACCAGCAAUUGUCGCAGAUCCCUCCGCCGCAGUCCAUGCAGCAACCUCAGCAGCAGCAGCAGCAUUUUCAAAACCAGUACGGUGCACCCAUGGCAAUGCCUUCCUCCUUUCCUAGUCAUCCAGAUUCCUCUGACGAGGUGCGCACGCUCUGGAUCGGAGAUCUGCAAUAUUGGAUGGAGGAAACGUACAUCCAUGGUUGCUUCGCUCAAUCGGGAGAGGUUAUGUCAGUGAAACUCAUCAGGAACAGGCAAACCGGCCAGCUGGAAGGCUACGGCUUUAUUGAGUUUGCAACAAGAGCUGCAGCGGAUCGAGUUCUCCAGACUUACAAUGGAACCUUGAUGCCUAAUUCGGAGCAAGUUUUUAGAUUGAAUUGGGCAUCUGCUGGUGGAAAGCGUGCUGAUGAUGGUAAUGAUUAUACUAUAUUUGUUGGAGAUCUUUCUGCAGAUGUUACUGAUUCAAUGUUACAAGAGACAUUUGGGAGUCAUUAUCCAUCCGUGAAAGGGGCGAAGAUUGUUACAGAUAGAAUCACUGGGCGUUCUAAGGGUUAUGGUUUUGUAAGGUUUGGAGAUGUGAAUGAGCAAACUCGUGCAAUGACCGAAAUGAAUGGAGUGUAUUGUUCAUCAAGACCCAUGAGAAUUGGUCCAGCAGCUAGCAAGAAGGCUUCUGAUGGACAACAGCAAGAUGUCUCUAAAGCUUCCUUCCAAAAUGUACAAGCAUCAGAAAGUGACCCAAACAAUACUACCAUAUUUGUGGGUGGCUUGGAUCCAAAUGUUUCAGAAGACAUGCUGAGACAGGUUUUUAGCCCAUAUGGUGAACUGGAUCAUGUAAAGAUACCUAUUGGAAAACGUUGCGGCUUUGUCCAGUUUAUUAGCAGGGCUUGUGCAGAGGAAGCUUUACUGAUGCUACAAGGAACCCAGCUGGGAGGGUUAAAGAUCAGGCUUUCUUGGGGCCGUAAUGCUGCAAACAAGCAGUCUCAGCAGCAGGACGGUAAUCAGUGGAAUGGUGGCUACUAUGGCUUUGGUCAAGGCUAUGAAGCAUAUGGAUAUGGUCAAGCUCCUCAAGAUCCCAACAUGUAUGCUUAUGGAGCCUAUCCUGGAUAUGGAAACUUUCAGCAACAACAGUAAACGUCACUGGACUGCAGCGCUCGAUUUGCAGAUUUACCUUUUGGGAAGCAUUUGAGUCUAUGGACUUGAAAAUAGUGGACAUUGUAUUGUUGCCGUUGUUGGAUAGCUUAAUGUUUGAUGUGAUAAAUUGUGUUUUGCUGCAUCAAAUGCUCUUUUGUUUUUCUCUAGCAUGCGUUGGUGGGAAGAGAUUCGUCCAUAACUUAUGUUGCUUUGUGUUGUUUGUAUAAUGGGUUUAGGGAUUGAAGGAAUUGGAUCAUUA